AUGAGCUCCGCGGCACCAACAGUGCCCUUCUCUGAACCUCCAUGGCUCACGGGUCUGCCAUCACCGUAUUAUAACGAGUCCCACAGGAAAUGGCAGAAGGCAUGCCGCGAAUUUAUCUCAGAGCACUUGGCACCGUAUGCGCUACAAUGGGAGACCGAGGGAAGCGUCCCUGAUCACGUCUUUGAGACCUUCUCCAAGCACAACAUGCUCAUCCCCAAUUUGCCCGCUCCACUGCCAAUCGAUAUGCUAAAGAGGCUCGGAAUCACUAAGCUCGCAGGGGAUCUCAGCAUUGAAGAGUUCGAUUACAUGCACUUUUCCAUCUACAUCACUGAAAUGCGCAGAGUUGGUAUUGGCGGUCCAGCUUCUUCCCUGUCGACUGGCAUGGCCUAUGGUAUGCCCCCAAUCAUUACAUAUGGUAGCGCCGAGUUGCAGAACAAACUACUUCCGGAUUUGAUAAGGGGCAAGAAGAGGAUCUGCAUUGCCAUCACUGAGCCUGACGCUGGUAGUGACGUGGCGAACAUUACUACGACAGCUGAGAAGAGUCCCUGCGGCAAGUUCUACGUUGUGAACGGAGAGAAGAAGUGGAUCACCAACGGUAUCUGGUCGCAUUACGCUACGAUGGCCGUUCGUACAGGAGGCUCUGGUGCUUCAGGUCUAUCGCUUCUUGUGGUUCCACUAUUGGACUAUCCAGGCGUCACCAUGCGGCGAAUGAAAACAAGUGGAGGAACGACAAGCGGCACAACCUUCAUUGACCUGGAGGAUGUCAAAGUGCCAGUCAAGAAUUUGAUCGGUCCGGAAGGCCAAGGCAUGAAGAUGAUUACGCGGAACUUCAACCACGAAAGACUUGCAAUCUCGAUUGGUGUUGUCUCCUCAGCUAGGGCAGCCCUCUCAGCAGCGUUUGCAUAUGUUCUCAAGCGCGAAGCCUUUGGAAAGCCUCUGAUGGACCAGCCAGUCGUUCGUAACCGUCUAGCCAGGGCAGGUGCAGAGCUCGAAUCAAUCUCAGCUUGGACGGAGCAGCUCGUCUAUCAGCUGUCUAAUCUUGAGGGCCCAGAUAUGAGCCAGGUCUUGGGAGGUCUGCUGGCGUUAGCCAAAGCCAAAGCCGGCCUCGUCAUUGACGAAUGCGCUCGCUGUGCUGUUCUGCUCUUUGGCGGUAAUGGAUACACACGGACCGGCCAGGGAGAGCUGGUGGAAAAGAUCUAUAGAGAGGUGCCGGCUGCGAGGAUCCCUGGGGGUACUGAGGAUGUCAUGUUUGAUUUGGCUAUUCGUCAGCUCGUUAAGGCGUAUCAGUCAAAGACGAAGACACUCAAUGCGCCAAAGUUGUAA